AUGAAGAAUACUACUAGUUCUACUACUACUUCUUUUAACAAUACUACUACUAAUACUACUACUACUAAUACUACUUGUUCAACUAUUAUGAAUACUUUUGUUCAUGCACACAAUAUAUUUAAAGAAUUCAUCAUGAAUGAUAUUCACAUUCCCACUCCAUUGUUAUUGAAUUCAUUAUUUAUUGAUUUGAAAUGUUUAAAUUCCAAUCAUAAUAAUACUAUGAUAAUAAGGAAUAGAAUUACUACUAGUAAUGAUAAUGACAAUAACAUGAUGAUGAUUCUGUGUGUGAAAGAUUUUGAAGAAUUUCUUCGAACUCUUCUCAGAAAGUAUAUUCAUCCCUUGUGGCGUGAUUCAAGUGGAUUUAUUAUUAUGAAUCAUGUUGAAAUGAAUGAUCAACAUUUAAACAAAACAACAACAACAACUAGUAGUAGUAGUAGUAGUAGUAAUAAUAAUAAUAGCACUACUAAUAUUGCUACAACCACCACCUCAACAACCAUCACCACCACUCAUCGAAUGUAUCAAUUCAAUCAUCCACAAUUAACCAAUCUUUUAGAACUUUUAAAUAUGAAUUAUUAUACCAAUCAUUUAAAAACAACACAAAAGAAUUGUUUUAACAUGUAUCGAAUGAAUUCACAAUGGUGUAUGGAAUUAAUUGAAAGAUUUAAAUCUGAGAAUAAUGAUAUUAAGAAAUUUAAAUCUGAGAAUGAACAUCAUCAUUUAGAGAGUAUUAAGAAAUUUAAAUCUGAGAUGAAUAAUUAUUGUAACCAAAAUGAAUAUCAUCAUUAUUUGGAGGAGAGUAUUAAGAGUGAUUGUGAAAGUAUUUGGAACAACUCUAAUCAUUUCACAUACUCGUUAUGUAAUACAACGAUGACAACAAAUCAUCCAUUUCAAAUCAGUCAAGAAUGUGUGAAUACUGUAGUUUUAGAAACUAUUCAAUAUUUUGAAGAACUAUGCCAACGAUCACUAUUCAUAUUUAGAGAAUGUUUGAAAUGUAGUGGUGAUGAGAAUGGUGGUGAGAAUGAUCAAAAUGAUUCACAAUAUUUCAAGUGA